AACAUGACCGGGAGCCGGGUCCGGAGUAUCGCCUCGACCCUGGUAUGUUGACAUGAGGUGUUACGAAGAUCCGGCAGUCGUACAUUACCACACUGGGUGUUGAGUGGGUGUGUUAUAACGCUGCCUACACUACCUGCGAUAUGUUGCUUACAGGUGUGAAUCCUUCAGGUGGGUUCGUGCAACUCAAGGAGCGUGUUCUACAAUGGAGGGAACUGGCUGAUCGACGACAUUGUUAGAUAAUCUGCCACUUGAAGCACAGGAAACCAAUAUUCAAGAACACGACAAUAGCUGUUGGUUCCAGUGAGUGUUGACUCGAUGUUAUCUGACACAUAUUGGAGAGUGUUUAUUGCCAGGUGGACGUGAAUAAACAGAUAAACGCGCCGGCUGGUGAAAAUUAAAAUUAUUUUCACACAGGAAGGCUGGUAUUGAGGAUGUUUCCUCCUGUAGUCCAUGAUGGUCAGUGUUGUAGAUGGUGUUUAACAUCACGAAGGAUGGGUCAUAUUCUUUCUGAUGUCAUUUGACGUUGUCGUCAUCCUCGUGCUCUCGAACAGUGAUGACGUCUUCGCAGCAGUCGUGGGUGGUGCAUGUCAAGGAUGUACGUCCACGUCGUCGGACCAAGGUUAACACACCUGUCAUUAAUACUUACUCGGCACAGAUCCACAGAUGUGCAGAACUCUACACCAAGCUAAUUACAGACCACCCCGCGCACAGCUACCCGCUCUCAUCGUUCCCCAGCUCCAGGUCACGUGACCAUUACCUUCACUAUGUUGACCUCAAGCCGUCGGGGUCAAGGUCAGCCCCGCCAUGGUGUCGACGUUUUAGGGAAUCUCCCAGAGGGGAUGGGGUUAGUACUAGAGGGGGUGGCGUUAAUACUAGAGAGGAUGGGGUUAAUACCAGGCGGACGAGCGUUCAUACCAGAGGAGAAAUCAUUCAUACUAGGGGAGAUGGGGUUAAUACCAGAACGGACAUGACAAAUGCGAGAGGGGGGAGCGUCAAUACCAGAGAAGGGGUUAAUACCAGAGGGGAGAGCGUUUGUUCCAAAGGUGAGAGAGUUACUACCGGAGGAGAGAGGGGUUGUGCCCCAGGGAACAGAUCGAACGUCAGUGCUGGCCGGGUUAGCGACGCUACGGGGACGUUAAACAGACUGACCACACAGAGCAACAAUUGCAGAGUCGGGCCUAUAUGGCUAACGGAACAUCUCAGGUCACGUGAGUGUGGAGCACCUGUUACUGUGACGCUUCCCCACGUUCAAGAGAACACCAGAACAUUACCACCCGGUGUUCACGCGAGGGUGCUACCCAGAAACCCCUCAGUCAGAGAGAAGAUCAGAGGCCGGGCGCGGCUCGAUUACGAGAUGGCUAAUAUAAAAGCCGAAGCAUUCUGUGAACAACAGAGAGGGAAAUAUUUCAGGACAGCUUCAGCUAAUCUCCGGAAUCGUGACGUCAGAUUUCAGGAAGAGGAGCUGCGCGAGCAGAUGCGCAGAGAGCAGGGGGAUGGAGAAGAUGACGUCAUCAGUAUUGUGACGUCUCCACUUGACAGGGAGGAACUGUAUUCCCGGAUUCAGGACUGGAUUGACGAUGUUCAGGGGGCCUUAAAGCAUUCCCCCUCAACUAUUAAAUAAUCCCUAUUGCUAGGUAUACCUAACAUAUAUAUAUGUUCACGAUAUACAAUAUUUGAUGAAACUCGGUGUUUCGAUGGAUCCCCUGGCCGCGUCAUACCAAAAGACUGUAAAGAUAAAUAAUACCGUCUGGCGCUCGGCAUUAAAAGAUACUACAGUAAAGUACAGUUAUAACGAACUCAAAGGGACUACU